UUUGCGAACAGCUGAUCACCCCAUUUGGACAUAUUUUAGACUGCUGGAUAGGCCGCAACUGGCUCAUUUAUUAUUUUUAUUAUAUAAAAAAUGAACAACUUAACCCGUUUGUUGGCUAAUUGUACAUUAAAUGCUUCCCGGCAUCAGCUAAUAAACAAAAGCGGCAUUGUUGCCGCUGGUAUUCAAGUUCGUGGCAAGUGUAAGGUGGUAGAAAAACCGAAACCAGGUGCUGGUCAGCAGUUUCGGCGUGUAGUGCACUACCCUGAAGAAUACACCAUAGAACCAUUGAAAAUCACUCAUUUAGCAGGGCGCGAUCCAGUGAGCGGACGCUUGGUGGCCAAAGGCAUAGGUGGUGGAAUAAAACAGAAAUUCCAUUGGGUAAAAUGGGUACGGGAUGGGCCAUUGGAAGGACCGCCACAAGAAGAACGUGUGAUAGAAAUAAUCGAUGAUGGUUGUCGCACUGCAAAAGUGGCACUUGUUGGCGUAGGAAAUGAACUCAAAUACAUAUUAGCAACAGAAAAUAUGAAAGUGGGUGACAUCAUAAAAACGUCUCGAUUUAUACCGCGUAUACCUGUACGUCCAAAUGAAGGUGAUGCCUACCCCCUUGGAGCUUUACCAGUUGGUACACGCAUACAUAACCUAGAGAAAAAUCCCGGCCAUCCAUUUCACUUGAUACACGCCGCAGGUACUUUUGGAACAAUUUUAAGAAAAUUCGAUGACAAAGUCGUGGUUCAGUUACCAUCAAAACGUGAAUUUGCCUAUGAUCGUACAUGUAUGGCAACAGUUGGCCGCCUAUCAAAUGUUGAGCACAAUAAGGAGCAUAUUGGAAGCGCACAACGAAUGCGUCAACUCGGCAAUCGCCCACGUUCCGGUUUGUGGAAACGGAAAGAGGGCAAACAUGGCCGAAAAAUACGCAAAUUACCGGCAAUGUCUCUCACAUCACCGCCGCCCCAAAAGAAAGACGAAGUUAUUAACUUAACUUUGAAUUUGUAGAUGCAUUGAAUAAUAGAGCAUUUUUUAGUUCUGUGGUUAUUAAAGUUUAAUGAACAAAUUUA